UGCGCAUUCAGCGCGGCUGCUGCCGCGAUGAGACUUCCGCGGCGCGCGUGGCGGCGCCGGGCGGCGCUGGGCCUGGGCGGCCUCGCGCUUUGCUGCGUCGCGCUGCUGUAUCUGGCGCGCUGCGCGUCCCAGGCAACCGCUCCCGACGCCGCCUCGGCGCCCCGCGCCGCCGCCUUUUUGGCCGUCCUGGUGGCCAGCGCGCCCCGCGCCGCCGAGCGCCGUACCGCUGUGCGCAGCACGUGGCUGUCGACGGUGCGGCGCGGCGGCACCGGCGACGUGUGGGCGCGCUUCGCCGUGGGCACGGGCGGUCUGGGCGCGGAGCAGCGGCGCGCCCUGGAGCGUGAGCAGGAGCGGCACGGAGACUUGCUGCUGCUGCCCGCACUCCGCGACGCCUACGAGAACCUCACCGCCAAGGUGCUGGCCAUGCUGGCCUGGCUAGACGAACACGUGGCCUUCGAGUUCGUGCUCAAGGCAGACGACGACUCGUUUGCUCGGCUGGACGCGCUGCUGGCCGAGCUCCGCGCGCGCGAGCCCGCGCGCCGCCGCCGCCUCUACUGGGGUUUCUUCUCGGGUCGCGGGCGCGUCAAGCCCGGAGGUCGCUGGCGCGAGGCUGCGUGGCAACUCUGUGACUACUAUCUCCCCUACGCGCUGGGCGGGGGCUACGUGCUCUCGGCGGACCUGGUCCAUUACCUGCGCCUCAGCCGCGAGUAUCUGCGCGCGUGGCAUAGUGAGGACGUGUCUCUGGGCGCCUGGCUGGCACCGGUGGAUGUACAGCGGGAGCACGACCCGCGCUUCGACACCGAGUACAAGUCGCGCGGCUGCAGCAACCAGUAUCUGGUGACACACAAGCAGAGCCCGGAGGACAUGCUAGAGAAGCAGCAGAUGCUGCUACGCGAAGGCCGGCUCUGCAAGCGCGAGGUGCAGCUGCGCCUCUCCUAUGUCUAUGACUGGUCGGCGCCACCUUCGCAGUGCUGUCAGCGGAAGGAGGGCAUCCCCUGAGUCCCAGGGACACAAACUGAUCUGCCAGGCCCUCUAGAAGUACCUGGCUUAUGCGGUGACAGUGGAUGCCAGGCGGCAGCAAACAACACCUAGCCCCCUUCACCCCAACCGCACGCCCAAGUUGUGCGCUUUUGUGGCCACGUUUGUGGUCCUAACCAAGAACAUCUUGGGGAUUCGGAGACUCCUGGAGGUGCUGCAUAAUGCAGCUCCUCCUACCCCUGGUCUUGGCCUGCAUUUGCCCAGCCUAGCUGCUGCUUCCCAUUGGGUGAGGGCAGGAGGAACCUCCCUGGCCCCUGGGGCCAGCAGCUCCCCUCACCUGCGGCCCAACUGUCACCAUCCAAAGCUGUCACUGCAUUAUUUGGAUAGGUCACACUCUUGUGUCUUGUCAGUUGUGGCUGUCACAUGUCAGAUUUGAAUUGGUUUAACAUUAAUUAGCUUUAAUGGCAUUUUGAUCUGUUUCUUGAGUGAGUUCAUGGUAAAUACAAUUCAGUGGUUGCCUGUGACCUGUUUGUAAGUAUUGUACAUUUGUGUCAAUGAGAGUUCCACACAGACGGUGUGCAGGUCUCUUUUUACUGUUAUUUAAGAAAAAUAUUUUUAUUUCAGAA